CCAAAAUCCCAUGAUACCCGUUUGGUUAAAGCCCAUGUUAUUUCUUUCCCAGUUACCUGCCAAAUCUUCUGUUUACUACUGUGGUAAAUUUCACCUUUAUUCACUUACUAAAACCAUGCUGACAACCAUAAUUAAAGAGACAUUAUAUUUUAUAGGACAUCUGAAAAUCAAUGGGCACUGCCAUGGUUCAAGUCACCAUUAUCCCCUAUGGGAUGACUCCAAAACACCAUAUUCACUUUAGGUUUACCAUCAGGUCUUGACUAGAUACUGGCAAAACCACCUUGGUCACAAUAGUGCUUUGUGACAUAUCAUCUCUUACUUAAAUACCUACAGAAACCCAUGGUCUUCAUAAGGUUUGAAAACCUAACACCUAUUUCAUGGCUAUCUACAAACUGCCCAGAUAACUGCCAUAGCUGGGCAUAUAACAUGUUCCCGCAUAUAUACAAAAACUCACGGUUAGAAUCAACAUGGAUUUCAUCUUUCAUGAAAAACAAGAAGGCUUCCUUUGUGCUCAGCACUGCCUGAAUAAUCUGCUGCAAGGAGAAUAUUUCAGUCCUGUGGAAUUAGCUUCAAUUGCACAUCAGCUAGAUGAAGAAGAGAGGAUGAGAAUGGCAGAAGGAGGAGUCACUAGUGAAGACUACCGCGCAUUUUUACAGCAGCCUUCAGAAAACAUGGAUGAUAGCGGCUUCUUCUCCAUCCAGGGGGAUCUGCCAGACUGUGAAGCUGACCAACUGCUGCAAAUCAUCAGUGUUGAAGAGAUGGAUAGACCAAAACUUAAUGGAAAAAAAUUAGCCAAAGAAAAAGACCACAGAGUCUACAAAACAAUUCUUGAAAAAGUGUCAGAAGAAAGUGAUGAGUCUGGAACAUCAGACCAAGAAGAGCAGGAUUUUCAGAGGGCCCUGGAACUAAGCCGCCAAGAAACCAAUAAAGAAGAUGAAGAUCUCCGCAGGGCUAUUGAACUAAGUAUGCAAGGUAGUUCCAGAAACACAUCGCAAGAUCUUCCAAAGACAUCAUGUGGAACUCCUGCUUCGGAAGAGCCAAAGAAAAUAAAAGACUAUUUUGAAAAGCAUCAGCAGGAACAGAAGCAGCAGCAACAACAGUCAGAUCCGCCAGGUCACAGUUCAUAUCUACACGAAAGGCCAACAACAAGUUCGAGAGCAAUUGAGAGUGAUCUCAGUGAUGACGUCAAUGAAGACAUGGUACAGGCCGCUGUCGACACUGUUUUAGAAAUUAUGAGAAAGAAUCUGAAAAUCAAAGGAGAAAAAUAAUGCCGUUAAAAAUAAUUUAGUCAUACUUUCCAAGAUUAUCCUGUGUGAUCAUAUUGUAGGACCCAUUUUGGUCAUCUGUCAAAUAGAUGAGGAAAUAAGGCUUUUAGAUGGUCUGCAAACAAAAUGGUGAGAGAUAUGUGGGACUAAAUAAUGAUUGUUCAACUAGUAGCCAAGGAGACAUUCAGCAAUUAAUUAAAUUUAAAAUAGCUUUCAAAA